AAGCGGAGAGGGGAUCAUUACACAUGCUCCUCGAGUCCCACUCUGGGGACCGUCCCAGCCUCAGGAGCUCCAUCGCUCCCCUCUCCAAUCCUUCCUCCUCCUCCCUCUGCUCCUGACUGUGGAGCCACAGACGCUGUCUGCCUGGAGAUGCCCAUCUUUCACUCACUCCCAUGACUAUUUACUUUGAUCCCUCGCCAGUUUGGUAAAUGAUAGCAAGUCCAUACCAGCCUCUAUCAUAUCAAUGUAAAUGGAGUUCCUGCUUCCAAUGACUCAGCAAUUUGUUGGUGCACUGAUGGUUUCCAAGGAUGGAUACCAGAGGUGGGAUAUGUAUCAGUCCCUUUACAGGAGGAGGAUGAGGCCCACUAAAGUCUUACUGUAGGACACCCCACCUCAGCUGUUCACAAUCAGGUGGUGACUAUGAGAACUAGGAGUAGAGCGGGAGCUAAGACAAACGGCCAGCAACAGGAAGUGGACGUUGACGUGAGCAAUGGCUAUGAGUCCAUGACAGUUUGGACCAUUGUGAAAUCGGCUGAAACCAUAUUCGUGGUGCGUUGUCUACGGAGAAAAAUGAACUUUACCUUGGUAAGAACAUUGCUCUACAUCUAUAGCUGGAUCUCUGUCUCAGUGUCUGAGUUUCACACUGUGGAGGUCCAACGUGGUGAAGAUGUUACACUGAACUGUACCAACUUUACCAGUAUUCCAUCUCACAUCAUCUGGUUCAAACUGGGCAGUGAACCCAACAUCACCAGGAUCUCCUUUAUGACCAGCUCUGAUGGCAUUGCUACGAUCUGUGAUGGAUUUCAAAAUGGCAGAUUUACUAUGACAUCCAACAUUGUGACUGUCUUCCUUAAUAUCAAACACGUGGAUUUAUCCGACUAUGGACUGUAUUUCUGUGGAUUUAAUGAGAAUAGAAAACCAGUGAUUGUUCAUGCGACUUAUUUAAACGUAACUCAAGAAGUGUUCGGUGGAUCAGCAGCAUUGGUCAGUGUGAUCCUGGGUGGUGUGAUUACGGUCCUCAUAGUCAUCAUGAGUCAGGUUCUCAAAAUCAUCAGACCCCAUGAACCUCCAGGUCAUGGACAGAAUCCACAACACAGUGAGACUCUGGGCUCUGAUAACCUGAACUAUGCUGCAGUGAAUCUUAAACUGAAGCCAAAGACAAACCACAGACCUGCAUCAGACAGAGAGCUGGAGACAGAUGUAGUUUACGUUGCCACUAGAUAAACUAAUAAGACAAAUGGAAUGAUGGCUCUCUCAAAGAAACCUAUACAGAAAUGUUACAGUAUAUCAAGAAAAUGUUGCCAUUCUUACAGUAAAUUGAUUAAUUCAACAGAUCUGUGAUUGUGAUUACAGUCUUGUUUAAUAAAUUUUAUAGGCAAAUGUUUUUUUUUCCAUUUGUACGUUCCUUUAUUCACUCUGCACACUGAUCCAGGAAUCUGUAUCAAUGAUUCACCUUCUUGGC